UGAUAUUUUAUUCACUCUCUCCCUAUAUAUAUAGCGUGUUAUUCAAUUAUUGUCAGCUUUCACGUUUUUGAUUUUGCAGAGCAGUUGGUUGAAAUUGCCAUAUAGAAUAUAUAUUAUAGCCUAGCCUAUACUUUUAGUAUCAUUAAUAUAUAUAUAUACAUCUUCAGUUAGUUUUGGUCUUAAAACAGUAAUACUGUAACUUGUAAGCUGUAGUCUUACUUAGGUUUAAUACGUUCAACUUGCUGCAUUAAAGAUACUUUACCAAUACCAGUGUUUGCUUUUUGAAAUAAGGCAUGUAUAAUUCAAAAUUAUGAUAUCAGGGAAACCAGUUGUUGUUCUGAAAAAAUUAGGAUAUUUGGCAUAUCAACAAGCUCUAACUAUCCAAAAGAAACUUGUUCAACAGUUACAUGAUAGUUUAGCAUCCCCAAAAAUUCCACUUGGUGGUUGUAGACGUAACUUUCUACUUCUGGUUGAACAUGAGCCAGUUUAUACUGUUGGAAUUCGAUCAUCAGCAUAUACAGCAAGUGAAGAACAAAAACUCAGAGCUUUAGGAGCAGAUUUUGUCAGAACUAACCGAGGUGGUCUAAUCACAUUUCAUGGUCCAGGACAAUUAGUUGCUUAUCCUAUACUCUAUUUAGGUGAUUUCAGCUCUAAAAAGAGUAUGAGAUGGUAUGUUUAUCAGCUAGAACAAUGCAUAAUACACAUGUGCAAAUAUUAUGGAAUUCAAGCAUCUACCUCACCAUAUACAGGUGUAUGGGUAAAAGAAAAAAAGAUUGCUGCUAUAGGGAUUCAUGGAAGUAGGUAUGUAACAAGCCAUGGUGUGGCCAUUAACUGUAACACUGACAUGAGCUGGUUUCAUCAUAUAGUGCCCUGUGGUAUCCCAGAUAAGGGUGUGACAUCUCUUUCUCAGGAACUUGGCAAGAAUAUCUCUGUUACAGAAGCAACUACAUAUUUUAUUCAAGCAUUUGAAGAACAAUUUAAGUGCACAGUGUUACAGGAGAACAUGUUAAAAGAAAGCUAAAUUGUUUUUGAUUUCAUUAUUGAAUAUAUUGUAGAAAUGUUUUUAAAGAAAAUAAAUAAUUUGUAUCUUACAGCACAAAUUCAAUAUCAAAGA